CCAUGUGUUUUUUUGUUCAUUAAGAAGGAGAAAACAAAACAAAAUAAAUGAAUUAAACAACAACAGCUACUAGACUCUAAAACGGAAUCAGCUGAUUUUGCAAUUGCAAAGAACCAAUCAGAAACUGAAGUAAAAAAACACGAACAAAAAACAACAACAAUCAAGUAAAAGAUACACGUGCAUCUAACAACUACUGUUUUAUGGGAAAGAAGAAAACAAAAGCAAAGGAAAAGCAAGACAUAUGAAAUGCAAGCACAUAAUAGACGACAAAAAUAUUUAAAAAAAAUUAAAGCAAAUAUCUUCAAAAUACAAAAACAACGAGAACAAAAAACGUUAAACAGCAGCCGCGUUAAAAACUCAACUAGAAUAGAAAAAAAAACGAUGAACAAAUAAGAUCGGUUCAUAAUAAAACAAGAAACACAAAAAAUAAAGAAAUACAAAUAAAAUAGAAGAAAGCCAAAAAAGUAAACGUAAAUUAUUCGCUAAAUAAACGUCAAAUAAACCGCGUGUUCGUUCGGCUACAAGAAAUCAAAAUUGCAAAAAAGUGCAUUUCAUACUAGUUUUUGUUUUUUUCCAAUGCAGUGAAAUUUUAUUGGAAAAUAUUAAAUUUUGUUUAAAGUCCCUUAAAAAUUCCAACAUAAAGCAGAGCAAAAAUGUCUUUAGGCUUAAAGUGAAUAAAAUUUAAAAAUUAAAUUUGUUUAAUGAAAAAAAAGCCGGUUGGCUGCAAGUGAAACAAGUGCAUGUGUAAAAAAAAUUAAGGAAAUUAAAAAAAAGAUAAAAUGUUGGAAAAUAGUGUCUUACGUUAUUGUUUAUAUGGUUCUGGUGUAAUUAUAUCCUCGGAACUAUUGUAUCAUUCAUAUUAUUGGCUUAAAAAAUGGCUUAAGCAACGUUCAUCUGGCCAAGAAGUGUGUGAGGUUAUAUGGACCAAUGAGCGAACACAGUCCUGUGCCGCUCAACAUCGAUAUGACAAUGGUGGAUCAUUUGCUUCACCCACUAAUGCCUCCCCUACAAGUAUGUACUCACAAGGUCGUAUUGUUAAACUGCCCACUCCGUCCAAAGCAGGCGCGAAAUGUCGCAAUCCUUUUUGUGCCGCGUACAAUGUCGGUCGUCUAAUAGAGUUUAUCGAUUCGGCCAAAUAUUCUAUUGAUUUGGCCAUGUACACAUUUACGUCGUAUGAAUUGUCGCAAGCAUUUAUUCGUGCUCUUAAUCGCGGUGUUUUAAUUCGUAUUAUAAGUGAUCAUGAAAUGGCCUAUUCCAGUGGUUCACAAAUCAUACCACUAACAAAAACAGGUGUUCCCAUACGCUGCAACACCAACACCAUGUUUAUGCAUCAUAAAUUUUGUAUUCUCGACAGUCCACAACGUGUUGCCGCCAUACAUAAAAAACAAAAUAAAUCUGAGGUUGAUAAAGGUCAAGUCAGAAGCAUUUUGAUGACGGGCUCUCUUAAUUGGACCAUGCAGGGUUUUGGCGGCAAUUGGGAAAAUAUUUUAAUAAGCAGCAAUAUGGAAUAUAUACGCAAAUAUUCCGAAGAGUUUGAACGCAUGUGGCAAGUGUUUGAUGUGGAUUUAAAAGUAAAUAAUAAAUAAACCAGAGAGAUUAACACAAUGAAA